GUGCUUCAAAAUGUUUCGAGCGUGCAGCGCGCCAGCCUCUAGAUGUCUCGCUCAGCCAGCUAGCACAUCUUCUCUCCACACGUCCGCCGUAGCGCACGCGAAACCGCUCCGCAAAUCUCCCCCAAUUUCCAAGGUGCAAGCCAAAAUCCUGCGCAAGGAGGCCAAAGACGCAUCGCGCGAGUAUGCCGUACUCGGAUAUCGCCCCGGGCAGCAGCACAAAUGGCACCGCUGCGACCUCGCCAAGGUGGUCGUCACCGAGGAGUCCCUGCGCGAGGCCACGCCGGAGACAUACGCGAACAGCGAGGGCGACGUGCAUGUGCCCGCAUACCUCGGGUUCGGCAUCAGCGACAAGGAGAAGGAGAUGUUCUUCAAGCUCCUGCCGCCGCUUACAGUACAGGGGGCCAUCGAGAAGGACAUACGGAUGAAGCCGCCGCCUUUGAAUAUGGAGAAUGUUGUGAAGGACAUGACUGAGAAGAUGAAGGAGGAGGUGCAGAAGGCGAACAUGUUUGCUAAGGUGGCUGACCUGCGGAAUGCGAGUGCGAGGGGCCUCGCGUUGGUUAACCGCAGGCGGUGUGUGGAGGAGUUCUCGGGGCCUGGCAAGCCGGACGACACUGGUCGUCCUGAGGUACAAGCUGCCAUUCUCACCACGCAAAUACGCAACCUCUGGUCACAUCUCCUUAGGAACCACAAGGACCUCGAGAAUCGGCGGAGUCUCCGGAAGCUCGUCCACCAGCGAGCGAAGAUCCUCAAAUACCUCAGAAGUAAGGACUUAGAUCGCUAUGAAGCGGUUCUUCCCCGUCUUGCUCUGGACGCCGCCAGCGUAGAAGGCGAGCUGCUAGUAUGAGCCCUUGCACAACACGAUUUUAAUUGAUUAUACACCUAUAAUACG